AUGGAGCUGCAGCAGCAGCGGCUGCUACUUGGUGAGGGCCCUGCGAGGAACCCGUUUGCCCCGACAGGAACAGCAGCAGCAGCAACAGCAGUGGGGCGCAGAAGCGGCAGCAGCAGCAGCACGGGCAUGCCGAUUGCUGCUGCUGCUGCUGCUGCAUCUCCCUUUGCACGGCCGUCGGUGUCGUCCUUAGAUAACAACAACCCCAACCUGCUGCCUGGAAGAAGCAGGGGCAGCAACAGCAACAUCAACAGCAGCAGCAGCAGCAGCAGCAGCAGCAAGAGCGGCAGCAGCAGCAGCAUCGCCGGCUUCGACUCGGUGUCGGCGCGGCUUGCUGUUGCAGCAGCAACGCCAAUAAACAGCAGCAGCAGCACCACGGGGGAUGACCCUUCAUCAAUCCUCUCUUGGCAGCAGCAACAGCAGCAGAUGACUGCUGCUGAGCUGAUCGCCUCAGGACUGCACAGCAGCACUCAGCAGCAGCAGCAGCAGCAGCAGCAGCAGCAGCAGCAGCACAGACGCCCUCUGGGAGGUACAGGGCCCUUGCUGCUGAGCGAACUGGACACCCCCUUUGAUGUCGCAAGGAACAGCAAAGCUGCUUUGUUUUUGGCAGGGGUAUACAGGCCGCCGCAGCAGCAGCAGCAGCAGCAGCAGCAGCAGCAGCAGCAGGGCAGCACAGCAGCAGCAGCAGCAGCGGCUGCUGUUGGGUCCAGCAGCACGGGCAGCACCAGCGCCAAGGCCCUACCUGUUUUUCCUGAAAGCACUGCUGCUGCGCUAAGAAGCAACGCAACAAGGAUUUCUACAGUCAGCAACAGCAGCAGCAGCAGCAGCAGCAGCAGCAGCAGCAGCACUGGCCUUGCACUUACUCAAGGCAGUCAUUGCCAGAGCAACAGCAGCAGCAACUUGCCAUCUCUGCUGCCGCCAAGCAGCGCAACAGCGCGCUCUUGCGGCAGCUUUGCUGCUGCUGCAGCACACCGAAGCAGCAACAGCAGCCCCAGCAGCAGCAGCGGCGACAACAGCACUGCUGCUGCUGCAGCAGCUACUGCAGCAGCAGCAACGAGAAGCAGCACGGCAGCAGCAAGAACUAUAGCAGCAUCUCGGGAGCUCCUAGCCCGCGUGGGCCUUGUGCUGGGAGCCAGCGGCCUAGCAGCAGCAGCAAGUCCAGCGCCAAGUAGUACUACUGCUGCUGCUGCUGCUGCUGCUGCUGCUGCUGCUGCUGCUGCUGAGCCUGCUUUUGCUAGUGCGCGGCCAGCGUGGCUGCAGGCUCCAACGGUUGCUGCGCCUGCUGCUGCGACUGUUGCUGCACCUGCUGCUGCUCCUUCUGCUGCUGCACCUGCUGCUGCUCCUGCUGCUGCUGGACUUCAGAGCUCCACUUUUGCAGGAUAUUCCUCAGCAGCGCCCCUGCUGCGCGGCAGCCAGAAGCAGCAGCAGCAGCAGCAACAGCAGCAACUGCUGCAGCAUGCGCAUAGGCCGUCUGCUGCUUCUGAGGUCCUGGCUUGGUCAUGGUCAGAUGAGGGGGCUGAGGCAGCAGCGCAGCAGCUGCUGCUGCCGCAGCAGCAGCAGCAGCAGCAGCAGCAGCAGCCUAUGCAGCAGCGGCAACUCGGGUAUGCGGCUUAUUCCUCUGGGAAAGCGCUGAGCAGCAGCAGCGGCAGCAGCAACGGCAGCAGCAGCGGCAGCAGCAGCGGCAGCAGCAGCAGCAGCGAAGACGCAGCAGAUUCAACUGAGAGCUUCUCUCCCUACGGACCUUCUGUGCCGCAGGAGCGGCCUUUGCUGCAGCCCCCCAGUGCAGCAGCAACAAGCCCAUCUGCUGCUUCUGCUGCUGUGUCGCCUAACAGCAGCAGCAGCAGCAGCAGCAGCAGCAGCAAGCCGCGGGGGCUGACAGAGAGAGGCACAACGGAGUCUGUGACGCCGUCUCCAGCUUCAAGUGCUCACGCUUGGCAGCAGCCGCUGCAGCAGCAGCAGCAGCAGGCGCUGCAGCAGCAGCAACAGACGUUGCAUCAGCAACACCAGCCACUGCAGCAGCAGCAGCAGACGCUGCAGCAGCUGCAACAGGAGCCGCUGCAGCAACAGCAACAGCCACAGCAGCUGCAACAGCAGCCGCUGCAGCAACAGGAAUCGUUGCAGCAGCAGCUGCUGCUGCAGCAACAGCAGCUGCUGCUGCAGCAACAGCAGGAAGGCUUCGAAAAGCAGAGCCACUACGACAGCCUCGCACGAGGGGCUCCCCCUUGGCUUCACGAGGCAGAAGCAGGCCACUUUCAGCAGCAGCAGCAGCAUGACUUGCAGCAGCACGGACUGCAGCAGCAGCAGCAAGAGCAGCAGCAGAACAGUGGAAGUCCUUCUGCAUCGUCUUUGGCUUCUUCUGAGGUUGAGGCUGUGGCAGGAGCUCUUGAGGGUCGCCCAGAUGCUGCUUCGGGUCUGGUUGCUUUGGAGUAUCAGCAGCAGCAGCAGCAGCAGCAGCAGCAGCUUCACCUGCAGCAGGAGCAGCAGCAGCUGCUGCUGCUGUCUCCCACGAGGCUGCAGCGGCCCUACCCCACCUUGCUCGACCGGCCGCAGGCCCUGCAAGUGCGCAGCAGCAGCGAUCGCGGCAGCAGCAGCUCGUUGCUGUCGCUUCCCAGCGUGUCUGCUGCUGCUGCUGCUGCUGCUGCAGAAGAUUACCAGCAGCCCCCCGCUGUAGCAUGCAGCAACAGCAGCAGCAGCAGCAGGUGGCUGCAGCAAGCUGUUCCACCUCUGGCGCAGACUGCAGAUUUCGGGCACUUCUAUGAGGACUCGUCGCAUGCAUCGUCCCCUGCUUCGUCUGCAGCAGCAGCAGCAGCAGAAGCAGCAGCAGCAGCAGAAGCAGCAGCAGCAGCAGCAGCAGGCGGAGGCCAGCUGGCGCUUCUGGCGUCGCCGGCUCCCUCCUUUGGCAGCAGCGGGAAGGCCUUUCUGCCUGCUUCUCCUGCUGCUGCUUCUGCUGCGUCGGACGAAGCCAGUUCGCCGUGGCUGCAGCUGCAGCAGCAGCAGCAGCAGCAGCAGGUGCAGGUCCUGCAGCUGCUGCAGCAGCAGCACGUAGCCGAGAUUCGCAGCAGCCGCGAAAGACUCCGAGACAGCCUUUGGCCUUCGCUGCAGCGGCUGGACCGGCUGCUGCAUGCAGCAGAGCUGCAGCCGCUGCAGCUGUGGCGCGCAGCAAGCCGCUGCCACCCCCCGCUGCCGGCAGCAGCAGCAGCAGCUGCAGCAGCAGAGCUGCAGCAGCAGCAGCAAGACCGGUUCGUGCUGGAAAUUGAAACUACUGAGGUGUACGUACAGCAUGUCGUAGAGUGCUGCUCCCAGGCCGUGGCUCAGGCCCUGCAGGCGCACCAGGCCCGGGGGCAGCUGCUGCUGCAGGUGCAGCAGCUGCAGCAGCAGCAGCAAGCUGCAGCAGCUAAGCACAGUGAGACGCUCUCGCGGCUUCGCAAGCAAAACGACGCUCUCGCCGCUGAGGCGGAUGCUGCUCGUGCUGCAGCAGCAGACCUGCAGCAGCGGGUCGCUGCUGCUGCAGCGCUGCAGCAGCAGCUGUUAACAGCAAAGCAUAAAAACGAGGAGCUGCAGCAGCAGCUGCAGGAGGCAAAGAAGAAGGCUCAGCUGCAGCGGGAAAUGCUCAACGACAGGGACAACCAGCUCCGAUUGGUGAGUCCCUCCAGCAGCAGCAGCAGCAGCAACAGCAGCAGCAGCAGCAACAGCAGCAACAGCAGCAACAGCAAGGGCAGUGGGGAGCUUAGUAAACCGGCUAUAGCAGCUCUGGAGCAGCGGGAAGCAGCAGCAGCGCGGCAGCAGCAGCAGCAGCAGCAGAAAGCUGCCAAGGUGCUGCAGUCGGGACUGCUCUCUCGGCGAUCUCCUGCUGGCAGCAACCAGCAGCAGCAGCAGCUGCAGAAGAGGGAGACUCUGGAAAUCGUGAGGCAGUAUGAGGCCAAGGUGGAGGCGCAGCAGCGGGAAAUCCAGGGGCUCGCAGCAGCGCUGAAGGUGGCGCAGCAGCAGCUUCAGCAGCAGGGUGGCAACGUUGCAGCAGAUGCAUCUGCAGCCGCUGCAGCAGCAGCAGCGACGGCAAUAGCAGCAGCAACAGCAGAAGCGGAGGAGGAGAAGGUUGCUGCUGCUGAGCUGCGUCAGAGAGAGCAGCAGCUGCAGCAGCAGGUAGAGCAGCUGCAGCAGCAGGUGGAUCAACUGCAGCAGCAGCUGCAGCAGCAGCACAAGCAGCAGCAACAGCAGCACAAACAGCAACAACAGCAGCAUGACAUACAGGUAGCAGCUCUUCGCUCGGAGGCGGCAAUGCUUAGUGAAGCUCUCGAGAAAGAAAAACGGAACAGAACGAAGCUGGAAGUUGCUGCUGCACUGCAGAAGCAAACGGACGGGAAGGCAGUAGCGGAUCUGCGUGCAACAAAAGAGGAGUUGGAGGCGGAAGUGGCGAAGCUCCGCUUGAGGCCUUCUACAGAAGAAGUCACGGCCCUUCACGAACAGCUGCGGGAGCUACAGGAGCAGUUGAACCCUCUAAAGGACUCAGACGGCUGUGGCGACCCUCGGCUGUUAAUGCGCUGCGACAAGGCGCUGCAGAGCAUGCAGCGAGAAACGCUGCAGCAGCUUGUCAAGAGCUGCUGCGUGGCCUUCCGCUGCCUGCCUUCAAAUCUCCCGGGCGUGGCUUUGCUGCAGCACCAGGGGCCUGCGCUGCAGCAGCAGCUGCUGCAGGUGCUGCUGGCUCUUGUUCUUGAGUCAGUGCCCCCCUCUGACGCGGAACUGGUGAAGGUUUUGAGGCGGCGGCUGAAGCAGCAGGGGGUGCGCGGUGUCGGUACAGCUGGCUGCAGCAGCAGCCUGCAGCAGCAAAAGCUGCUGUUCAUUGCCAGGGCUCUCUGUCGGCUCAAGUGCCAAGCAAAAGCCCUGCGCAACUACUCCGAGUUGCAGCAACUGGUGCAGGAGCUGGCGGGCACCCCAGGGUCUUGCCGUGUGUCCGUAGAAGAGCAGCUGCAGCAGCAGCAGCAGCAGCAGCAGCAGCAGGUUGUUGCGUUGCUCGAGGAGGGCUGCAACAUGCAGCAGCAGCAGCUGGAGCCCCUCGACCUGCUGCAGCAGCACGAGCCCACAGAGGAGUUCUUCUCCCGCCUGGUGCGCCUGCAGCAGCAGCACGAGGGGCAGCAGCGGGACAUGCUGGCAGCAGCAGCAGCAGCCGACGCUCGUGCGGUGUCGUGCGUGCGGCAGCAGCUGCAGCAGCAGCAGCUGCUGCAGCAGCAGCAGCAGCAGCUGACGGCGGAGCAGCAGCAGCAGCAGCAGUUCCUCGCCGACCUCCGCAGCCGCCUAGGGUUCAAAACCCUAGAAGAGUGCAUCGCAGGUGUACAGACAGCUGUUCGCCACCACCGCCCCCUCGACACUCUCUUCAGAUCUGUCUGCGACCUUCUCGGCGUUCCCCGCAGCACAGCCACUUGCUCUCAGGUGCAGCAGCAGCAGCAGCAGCAGCAGCAGCAGCAGUAG